AUGAUCCUGAAUCGCCAGUGGGUCUGAUAGAUACAACACUAUGCGUUGGUUGUCGUUUCAAGUGUACGCAGCUCUCGCUCGAUUCGUAGAAUGUCGAGCUACCAGAUCCCAAGAUUUGUGUCCUGUGCUAGGCUUGCGGGAGUUUCUUAACCGUUUCCUCCUCAACCGUACUUGCUGUCACCUAGCUGAGUGAGGUCGUUUUUUCCUGCGCUAGCACGAAUGCGGAAUGCAAGAGUGAAGGUCACGGAGGUUUCCUUUUCGAGCCGAACGAGUUCACAAUAGUCGAAGAGCCCGUGAGUGACCUGGCUUAAUAUAGUUAAUCCCACACUAAAGCGGCCUUCGCCGUUUUACUUCUUUCUGUCUUUUCGAGCUAACCUAUUUACGGUAUGUGUGCAGAAGUGAUGGACAGAAUUGCACUAGUGCUUACUAUGUCUUGUACUUGAAGUGCACCAUCUUUAUACAAAGCCGCCACGUCUGCCAUUACGUAAGAAGGCCUGGAACGAACGGACGAUAUAUGCGCGACUAAGGUCGUCUAGACUGUAGAACGGCUAUAAUAGCGGCAGCGCAAUUGGUACCGUUGGCGUAUUCGUUGGUAUAAGUGGCAGCUGGCACCUGAACUGGGAUGUAGAGUUACUGCGAUGAUGCGAAAAUCUGGACUCAUUGGUUGCACUAUAAGGGCUUAAGAAAUCGCCGGAUAACGGUAUAUUUAAAUGAUUAUUUUAGUAUUGCCUAUGUGGUGGGAGUAAUACGAAAGCAUCCAUUAGAGAAUCGAUGCGUCACAUGGUUAUUGUUAUCCAUCCAGACAUAAAACUUAAUAAACGACAAUCUUCCAGAUGCCCGAAUUUACAAAGUACUGUAGUCAUCCUAAGAAACGCGACUCGACGCAAUAUGGACCUAUCCCACUCUUAUCAUAAGCAUACUUUAAUUUGCAAAGAAUUGCACAACAACAAAAAACUAAUCACAAGUUUCGAAGCACCCUUUGCAUUAGGGAUCCGGUUGCUCACGCAGCUUACUCUCGGAAUUCAAGUUUGUCAACAAUUUUUGCAUUCUAAUCAGUUUAUCCAUCCUCGUGAACAAAAUCUUGCAAUCUCUCAUUGUGUGAUCAUAAUAUCCCGGAGAACAUCCACUGGGUCGUGUUUCCACUGUAAGGCAGAAUGGGUGGAAGCAGUAUUAUAAAUUUUGCAAAAACCACACGUUUUUAUUCGAAAGUACUGAGCAAAGAACUGUUGAAGCUGCCUAAGUUGCGAAUCGUGUUCUUGGGUCUCUACAGCCAAUCACAGUGGUGUAAUGUGUUAUAGUAGUUGUAUAGCCGAAAAACAGCCUUGAUAUGCUGUAAACACUUCGUUCUUAUUGAUUUUGUCAUUUCGGAGGCAUUUUCUAUCAAUUUUGUGUUUGUAACGUAUUUCUUGAAAUCUUUAUAUCUAAACUGCGUAUGAUAUUCAAAUUAGAAAGCAAACUAUUUAGAAGUAUUGGUUUUUAAGCAAUUGUCCCUCCUUAUUUUUUGCAUGGAUAAACGCUGGUCUUAUCAAGUAGAUGAAUUGUUAAUAUAGCUUUACGGAUCAUUUUCGCUUCCGAUAUUCGAAUCGACUUGUGUUAAACCUCUACGUACUAUCUACAGACAAUCCACGACUAUCAAUAAAAGCUUAAGCCCAUUAGGUGUUGAUAGCGCGAAGUAAUCCAAUUGUGCAAAAGCCUAUCCAGCACAAACUUCAUUUCGUUAUGCUCGGCACGGAGAUCAGCCACACUCCGUUCGUGCAAAAGUACUUGCAAUCGGCAUGAAAGAAGCUGUUCUUCUUGG